GAGGUUUCUACCCACACACCUGUCUUCAUUUAGGCAAGCAAGAAGCACUGCAUUCCCCCUACUCUUCGGUCCUCCCCAAUAUCAAGAAUAAGAGACAUGACAACCAAUAUUUGGGUGAAAUCAUGCCACAGCUUCAAUGACAACAGAUGUAAGAGGUCUGCCUAGGGGAAAAUGCAAGGGAUGAACUCAAUAUGGUGGAGAUCUUGCCCCCCAAAGAUAGCAAGCCAUCUACUGCAGUGCAUAUAGCAACCUUGAAACUUUCUGUGCUUCCAAUGGCCUCCUUAAUGGGACUUGACCUGGCUCUUCCUGUCACAUUCAGGCUAAAAUCAGGCUCUGGGCCAGUCUACCUGGCCGGACAAUAUUUAUCAGUUGGACCCCCUUUGGACGAGGAUGAAGAUCCGGAAGAGUCCUCUAAUGAAGAAGAGGAGAUGGAGGCUUCUUCCAAGGAAAACCUGUCAACAAAGACAGAUGAGAUGGAGGCUUCUCCUGUAAAACCUGUCAAAGCCCAAUCUAGCAAGCAGGCAGGCACAUCCAAGGAAGAAGCACCACAACCUGUUCAGGAGGACUCUCAGGGGAGAAGAGGAAGCAGAGGAGGGAAGGCUGCAAACAAGGGACAACUGCGAUUAUAAGUUCUGAUGGAAGGAACCGAAAGAAGAGUUGGGUCUAUUUAGCGCAGCUCAGAAGAAAUAAAAUGUGCAUAAUGUA